AUGGCGAAGGAGCUUCCCAAGGACGAAGCCAGGGCUGCCGAGCUCUACGAUAGCGGUGUCCGCCACCACGAGAUCAUCGAGAAGAAGAUGGCCUGGUGGAAGGCCGAGGAGGAGGCCGGUCUGCUCAACUCCGCCGCCUGGCCCCGCCUCAACUACACCAAGUGCGUCAACGGUAAGGCCGAGGCCGUCCCGGGUGACCCCCUCCACACCUUCCGCUGCAAGAACAUCGACCUGUACGACUUUAUCAACCACUCCGAGCUCGGCUCGCCUGGUUCCGACGCCGCUCUCCGCACCGGUUCCUCCACCUGGGGGUGGACCGACCCCGAGUCGGGCCGUGAGUUCGUCGCCAACGGCAUGUAUGACGGCACCGCCUUCCUCGAGAUCCUGCCCGAGGGUCGCCUCCUGAACCUCGGUUUCCUCCCGUCCUACUUCCGGGUCUCUGCUCGUGCUCUCUGGAAGGAGAUCCGUUCUUACAAGCACUAUAUGCUCAUCGGCUCCGAGCUUGAGGGCCACGGUGUUCAGAUCUUCGAUCUUCGUAAGCUCCUUGAUCUCGACCCUGCCAAUGCCCCCUACCAGUUCACCAACGAAGAGGACCUUGCUGGUCACUUCGGCGACCUCCCUCUCGGCGCUUCCCAUAACGUCGCGGUCAACGAGGAGGCGGGCUAUGGCAUCGCCGUUGGUGCCCGGCCCCGUAACCAGGACUGCCUCGGUGGUCUGGUCUUCUUCGAUCUCACCGACCCCUCAAACCCCACCAGACUCGGCUGCAACUCCCAGGACGGCUAUGUCCACGAUGUCCAAUGCCUCAUCUACCGCGGCCCUGAUGACCGCUAUGUCGGCCGUGAUAUUUGCUACGGCUACAACGAGGAUACGCUGACCAUCUACGAUGUCACGGACAAGGCCAACUCGUCGAUCAUUUCCAUCACCUCGUACGAGGGAGCCACUUACACCCACCAGGGCUGGGUCCUUGACCCCGAGUGGCAGCAGUACCUUCUUAUGGAUGAUGAGUACGAUGAGGUUGACCAGACUGGCCCGGGUGCCGACCAAUUCCCCGUCACCUAUAUCUGGGACAUCAGCGACCUCGAGAACCCCAAGCAGACCGGUCUCUACAAGGCUACCACGCGCGGCAUCGACCAUAACCAGUACAUCAACCCUCACGACGGCCUCCUGUACCAGGCCAACUACGGCGCUGGUCUCCGCGUCUACGACGUCUCCUCCAUCCCCGAGGACCCCACCGGCGACUCCGUCUGCGAGGUCGCCUUCUUCGAUGUCUACCCCGAGGACGAUGCCGAGCCCGGUGGUGGUACCGCCGUCUUCUCCGGCAGCUGGGCUUCCUAUGCCAACUUCGCUUCGGGCUACGCCUUUAUUAACACUAUCGAGCGUGGCGCCUACCUCGUGAAGGUCACCCGCCGCGAGUCCUGCAAGCCUAAGAGCUGCAACGCCGAUAACUGCCUCCGCGCUCUCCGCGCCAGCUCCAUUAACGGCCGCCUCGAGGAGUCCCAGGAGUUCUGCGCCGGCUACCUCGACGGCUGGGAGGCCGACGUCAACAACGUCCCUACUUACGCUCAGAAGGCUUGCGGCGAGAACAUCAUCUCCCGUGUCAGCUCGGCCUGCUCGUGCCUGCCUACCCCGACCCCCACCGCCAGCGUCCCCGUGAGCAGCAGCGUCGUCACCAGCGAUGUGCCCGCGCCUACCGAGUCGGAUGACGUCUGCAUUGAGGAUUAA